AUGAGAACAGCUGGUAACAAGUUUCGGCACAGAAGAAAGAAUUCCAUUGAGAUUGACUCUAGAAUUCAAUGUGAGUUUGAUGCAGAUGCUCCUCCACCAGUUGGAGUUUCCAGUACUCAAUUAAACAUAGAUACUGUGGGUUCACCUUCUGGUUCACUUCAAGUACAUGAUGUACAAAGUGAGCGGAAUGUGAGAGAACAAUGGGCUGCCACACGCAUCCAAACAGCCUUUCGUGGGUUUCUGGCUAGAAGAGCUCUUCGAGCUUUAAAAGGAUUGGUAAGACUUCAAGCCCUAGUCAGAGGCCAUGCUGUGAGAAAACAAGCUGCAAUAACUCUUCGCUGUAUGCAAGCUUUAGUUAGAGUUCAGGCUCGAGUGCGAGCAAGGCGUGUUCGCAUUGCAUUGGAAAGUCAAACGGUUCAACAAAGACUUCAGCAACAACUUGCAAAUGAGGCUCAUGUUCGAGAAAUAGAAGCAAGAUGGUGUGACAGUGUAGGAUCUGUUCAAGAAAUUCAAGCCAAGCUCUUGAAGAGGCAGGAGGCUGCAGCUAAGCGUGAGAGAGCCAUGGCAUAUGCUCUUGCUCAUCAGUGGCAAGCUGGAUCAAGACAGCAGCCAGUUCCCUCUGGGUUCGAACCAGAUAAAAGCAGCUGGGGUUGGAACUGGUUGGAAAGAUGGAUGGCUGUCCGUCCUUGGGAGAACCGCUUUCUAGAUAUUAAUCUUAGGGAUGGAGUAAUGGUGCAUGAGAAUGAAUCCGCUGAGGGUAAGAAUGGUGGUAUAUCCCAGUUAAAAUCUGCUGGCAAGAGGCCCGUUUCUUCAAAUAUUCAAUCAAAUCUUUCAAGUCAAAAGGUUGGUCCCUUUACUUCCGAUGGCUGUGAUUCUUCACCUAGUAAGUCAGCGGGCUUGUUGGAAGCAUCCACUACCCAAAUGGGCAAGCCAAAGCCCAAGCCAUAUUUGGAAGAUCCAGUUGAAGAAGGAAAUUCAAAACCUGGUAUUACUUCAAGAUCCCAUAGUAAUCCAAAAGAGAGAUCCACAGAAUCAGAUAAACAAGCAAAGAAACGGCUGUCUCUGCCUAACAGCGGGGGAGGUCUUGGUUCCCAAACUUCCAGACAUCCUAUUAGAUCUAAUGUCAAAGGGACGCCUGGUUCUCAGAAGCCCAUCAAGACUAGAUCAAAACCCAGUGGAAGAGGGGACUCAAAUCCCACAAAAUCAGUCUCACAAGCUGUUGAUGCUUAA